CACUAAUGUCGUUAUAUCAAAGAUUUUAAGACGGGAGUGUCCGUCUUCCCACUGACGAGGCUAUCGCAGAUGUCGUGGACGCAAGUACCUGGUGUUGAAUGCAGAGUGAUUCGUCUCACGCGAGUUUCUGAGUUCAUGGGAAUUGUGUUCACGAUGGAUUGCUCGAUACCUGUUGCGCGAGUUUACGAUAACCGAUUACAAUCGAUAAUUUCUCGUCAUUACUCAUCCUAGAGAGAGCUUAAUAAUUGGAAGCGAUCGAGAAUGAGGAAGUAUCGCGAACGUCGUCGUCGUCGUCGCCGUCGCUGUUAUUGUUACUGACCACCGUUCUUCGUGUUGACAAGGGGAGGGAGAGAGAGAGAGUGAGAGUGUGCACAUUGUUCCUGAAUCGUGUUUAUUUACGAUACGUCUUUGUACGAUCGUCCGCUACCGCCGAGUUGCGCGCCCGUCUUCUUGAUUGAUACAUACGUAUAUAUGUGUGUGCCCCUGCAUGUGUGUGUAUAUAUAUUAUAUAUAUAUAUAAUAUAUAUAAAAUAUAGAUAUAUACACAUGUAUGUAUAUUUGUUUCUUCGAAUGUGACAUAUACAAAAAGCCGAAACAAUGGGUAGCGUGCAAAGUCGUAUCAACGAGAGCGACGCCGGUGUACGGGAAGUAUUUCAUGGGGCUAUCAAAGACGGAUCCUCUCAGCAUUCUUAUCAACCAACGAGUCAUGGUAUCGGAGCUUUGGCCGGAUUACAUGCGAAAAGUGGUAGCGUCCGUGGUGCACCAAGACAACCGAUGCCGGAUGCCGUAGAACUUGAAAGGCGCUUUACCAAAGUCUUGGCGUCUAUGGAUCUACCACCGGAUAAGGCGAAACUUUUGAAACAGUACGAUAACGAAAAAAAAUGGGAUAUCAUAUGCGAUCAGGAAAGGGUGCAAGCGAAAGAUCCCCCGUCGCAUUACUUGGCAAAAUUACGUACAUACUUGGAUCCAAAAGCGUCACGAAGCCAUCGAUCGUAUCGUUUCCUCACAUUCUUCCAGAAAAGAAAAAUGGUUGGGGAGUCUACAUCGACCCAAGUACUUCGGGAUUUGGAAAUCUCCUUGCGCACAAAUCAUAUAGAGAAUGUUUUAGAUGGGUAAGAGAAUUCCUGGACGAGGAGAAUCAAGGACUGGAUGCUCUGAUAGAUUACCUUAGCUUCAGAUUACUCAUGAUGCGACACGAACAACGUCUUUUGGAAUCUCACGCUAGUUCCGAAGAAAAAUUACAGACGAUCGAAACAGGCGGUUCUUCGCACUUGAAUAAUGGAUGUUUAAGACCAUCUCUUCACGAACUUAAAGACAGUCCCAGUGUAAAACGCAGAUCCAGACAUGUGGCUCGUUUGAAUAUGGGCGAAGCAAAGGACGAUAUCCAUGUUUGCAUACUUUGCAUGCGUGCCAUUAUGAAUAAUAAGUACGGUUUCAAUAUGGUUAUACAACACAGAGAAGCAAUUAAUUGCAUUGCGCUUAGUUUAAUGCACAAAAGUUUAAGGACGAAAGCUUUAGUUUUGGAACUUCUUGCGGCGAUUUGUUUAGUAAAAGGCGGACAUGAAAUUAUUUUAUCGGCGUUCGAUAAUUUCAAAGAAGUGUGCAUGGAAAGGCGAAGAUUUACUACGCUCAUGACUUAUUUUACGCAAUAUGAUAGUUUCCAUAUAGAAUUCAUGGUCGCCUGCAUGCAGUUCGUGAAUAUCGUCGUUCAUUCUGUGGAAGAUAUGAAUUUUCGAGUACACUUGCAAUAUGAAUUUACAAAAUUAGGCCUCGAUGAAUAUUUAGAGAAACUUAGACAUACGGAAAGCGAAGAUUUGCAAGUUCAAAUCUCGGCUUACUUAGACAAUGUAUUCGAUGUCGCUGCUUUAAUGGAAGACAGCGAAACGAAGACUGCAGCGUUAGAAAAAGUAGCUGAAUUAGAGGAUGAACUUGGCCAUGCACACGACAGAAUGACCGAAUUAGAAAGAGAAUCUUUAGCGAAAUUAGCAGAAUUAGAGACUGAAUUAGGUGCGUUGAAGAUAGAAUACACGGAUGUUUCGGAAGCGCGUAGAAUAGCGGAGGAGGAACUUGCAGCGCUCAAACGACAAAAACAAGACUCUGCGCGUAGGCAAAGCGUUUUGGAGAAUAAGAUAAUCGAAUUGGAGACCCUUACAGGAACCCUUACGAAGAGUUCGUCGGCCAAUAUGCGAAAUGGAAGCGCUAUGAGUCCCUUGAACAAUUCUGAUAUUUUCGGUCAAGAGAAUACUAUAUCACCUGGACUAAGUACAGAACAAUUGUCAACGUCGGAUCAAGUUCAUAAUUCUACGCCAGCUCCGCCUCCGCCACCUCCACCGCCAUGUCCACCACCACCGCCUAUGGCACCUCUUUCACCGGGCGAUCACAAGUUACCACCACCUGCGCCUAUACCACCACCACCAGCUGGAAUGAUGCAAGCACCCGAUGGAGCAAUGACAAUUAAAAGAAAAGUACAAACAAAGUACAAAUUGCCUACCCUCAAUUGGAUCGCAUUAAAACCGAAUCAAGUACGAGGCACUAUAUUCAAUGAAUUGGAUGACGAUCGAUUGCAUAAUUACAUAGACUUUUCUGAUUUUGAAGAGAGAUUCAAGAUCGGUAUGAGUGGUCAUGUAGCUAAUGGUAAUAGCGAAUUGGAUGGCCUGCAAAGCUUUCCUAGUAAAAGAUUUAAGAAGCCUGAAAAUGUGUCUCUUUUGGAACAUACGAGAUUACGAAAUAUUGCAAUAUCACGUAGAAAGAUGGAGAUGCCAGUGGAAAAGGUAAUAAUGGCCGUGAAUGCUCUUGAUUUGAAGGUACUUUCGCUUGAAAAUGUAGAAUUAUUACAGCGUAUGGUGCCAACCGAUCAGGAGAUAAAAGCUUAUCGUGAAUAUAUUAUCGAAAAGAAGAAUAUAAAUCUCUUAACCGAAGAGGAUAAGUUUUUGAUGCAAUUAGGAAAGGUAGAAAGAAUAUCGACUAAACUUUCAAUAAUGAAUUACAUAGGAAACUUUUUUGACAAUUUACACCUUAUUACGCCACAAAUACAUGCUGUGAUAUCUGCAUCAAGUACCGUGAAAAGUUCUAAGAAAUUGAGAGCAGUUUUAGAAAUCAUUCUUGCUUUCGGAAACUAUUUAAAUAGUAGCAAACGUGGACCUGCUUACGGAUUUAAAUUACAAAGUUUAGAUACGUUAUUAGACACAAAGUCUACAGAUAAAAGGAUGUGCCUUUUACAUUAUAUAGUAGCAACAAUACGAAUCAAAUUCCCGGAACUCAUUAAUUUCGAUUCCGAACUCAUGUAUAUUGAUAAAGCUGCAACAGUUUCUCUUGAAAAUAUAAUAACCGACGUUCAUGAAUUGGAAAAGGGUAUGGAUCUUGUAAGAAAAGAAUUCGAACUUCGUGGUAAAGAAAAACAUAAUACCGUUCUACGUGACUUUUUAAAUAAUUCCGAAGAGAAAUUACGUCGACUUAAAUCAGACGCACGUGCUGCCGGUGAAGCAUUUCGAGAAUGCGUUGAAUAUUUCGGAGAGAGUCCCAGACAAGCAGAUGCGAAUACCUUCUUCUCGCUUCUUGUUAGAUUCGCAAGAUCUUUUAAGGCAGCGGAUCAAGAAAAUGAGCAACGUCGUAGAUUAGAAGCUGCUGCUGCGGAAGCUUUAAAUACGUCUGAACAAGUAAUUAAACGAAAUAAAUUGAACCAGAAGAAACAGCAGGAUGCUGUCAUAAAUGAACUCAAGAAUAAAACAAGAUUGGUUCAAGAGAAGAAACUUCUACAGCAAGAUGAAGUGUAUAAUGGUGCCCUAGAAGAUAUACUUCUUGGUCUUAGAUCAGAACCAUAUCGUAGAGCAGAUGCUGUGAGGCGUAGUCAACGCAGGCGAAUUGAUAACCAUAGACUUUCCCGCACUGCCGAAGAACUUGAACUUUAAUUAAAAACAGUAUGUAGAUCAGAUAUGCAAUAAGUCUUAUCCAUUAAUUAAUCUAACUUUUUAAAGGAUACUACCAUUUUCUAGGAGAUAAUUUUUUGUAAACCACGCUAAGCUGAAAGCAUCAUAUAAAUAUAAUAUUCAAUGAUUUAGUAAAUAAUUAUGCACAAAUUAAUGUGACGUUAAAAUCUAACGAAUAACGAAACAUAUUUCUUAUCGGAUAAAUUUUUGAUAUAUGUUUUCUAAAUGCCUCAUUAUACUGAUAUUGAAUAUUCAUGACAUGGAUAUAAUUUUGAUAUGAAUAUAUCAAAUAUAUGUGAUAAGUUUAACACAUAACAUUUGAAUCAUACUGUAUUCAAGAUUCAAUAAUUUAGUGAAAGUAGCAGCUGUGCUACUUUCAAUUUUACUUAUGAACGUUUUCAUUCAUAAAUAACAUUUAUCCUCAUAUGCCUUUAUAUAUUACGUACUAAAGACAUGAAAACGUAACUUUGUACGAGAUGCAUAUUAUAAGACGCAUAUUAUAGUUUUGAAAAUUAUUAAAGGCACGAAGCAGUUUAUUCCAGUGAUGAUACAGAUGAUAUGCACGAUUAUAACACCUAAAAUGGUGAGGUAGGCGUAAUUAUUGUAUGGAGUCUUAUAAUAAGUAAAAAAUAAGACUAUACCUUCAGAGGAAAAAAAAAGAAAAUCAUGAAACUUAAGCACCUUGUAAUGUCUCGAUACCAAUGUAACAGCAAAUAAUGAUAUUACUAUCAAAUUUUUAUGAAAAAAGAAUAUAUAUAUAUAUAUAUAUAUAUAUAUAUAUUUUUUUUUUUGUUUUGUUUUUUUUUAUUAAUCGUCGAUCACCAUUAUAUUUCGUACAUUUGUAUUCUCCUCUGGGAUAAAUUGCAUUUAAUUGGAUCAAUUAUUAUUGGAUAUAUUAUACAUUGGAACUAAUGAUACAUAGCAUAUGUUUAUAAACCAAAAUUAUAUAUUGUUCCUUUUAUUUAUAUUUCAUUGUAUUCACUAAUGAUUAUCUUGUUUGACAACAUUCCACAAAUUACACUAGAAUCGUGUUUGUUAGCCACAUUAUUAGGCUCGUAUGCAUUUGUCAACUUUGUGAUUAUAAAAGUGUAAUGUGGUAUGUUUAUAGUUUUCUAUUUUGGUAUACUAUAAGAGGUAUAUUUAAACGUCGAAUUAAUCAGUGAUUAUUUUGAGAUUAUGAGAAAAAUGUUUUGUUGUCCUAUCUUUCUACAAAUGAGACUGAACAAGAAAAAUUCAUAUUCUAGAGUGUAAUAUUACUGAAGCAAAGAUAGUGAUUUAGAUACCAUUGGACUUUUUUUAUGCAUAUAGAUGCUAUUUUUGUACUAUAUGAAAAAAGAAUGGCUGGCAUGACACAUAUUACAUUACAUUCCUUUUUGAAUCACAUACCAUACUUGAGUUUAUUUAUAGUGUAGUAAAAGUAUAAUGGUUAUAACAUUGUACUUCAUAAUUCAAUGUUUGAUGAUUUAUUUAUUCAUUCAAAGUUUUUCUCUUAAACGAACACGUAAUAUAGAUACAAUAUUUGUAAUUUUUAUAUAUAUUACAUAUAAUUUUUGUAAACGCAAUUGAAUUAAAUGUAUAUUUAUAAAAGUACACAUAAUAUCUCCUGACAUCAGUCAAAAUAGCCACGCAUAUUUAAAACUAUGCUCAUAAUGCAAUUAUAUCUUCACUUUUUAUAUGUCUUUGAUUAUAUUGUAGUAGGAGGAAAACAAAAUGUGUAAAUAAUGUUGUAAUAUAUGGAACAUUUCACUAUGAAAUAAUGUAAUUAUUAUUGCUUAAGCUUAAAUUACAAAUGUGAUGUUUAUAUAAAAUAUUCGUACGUUACAUGUGCUACUUGUCGAUAUUGUAAUACUUGAUAUAUAGCGUGUCGAAAUUUAUGUUAUAUGAUUUUUAAACGAUUACAUGAAAAUAUUUUGUAAUGUUUUGUUAUGUUCAAAUUGUAACACAUUUAACUAUGUUUCUAUUUUCCUCACUAUAAAAAUGUUUACAUAUUAUUUAUAUGAUAAAAUUAUAUCGGUGAUCCAUGAAAUAUGACAUCGAUUAAUAAUACAUAUCGCUCUGAAUUUGUUGAAUUUUUGUUAUUGUUAAAUAUGCCUACAUGUAUCAUACACGUAUUUGUACAAAAUACGGAACAUCUUAACAAACUGUAAAUGUAAAAUUUAAUUAAAAGUUCAAUUUUGAUAUGUA